AGUAAUUCCUACCGAUAGUAAAAAACAUGGCGCAGUGGGCUGGACCAAGUUGUGAUUGACGUGCUCUGUGGGCGGUCUCUAUCUUUAAUCACAACUAAACAAUAGCUAAUUGGCCUCCAGGUCGCUGAGAACGCUCUCUACCUGUGACAUUUUUCAUUGUACAUCUGCUUAACCAGGAUGUCUUCAUAUUGGCCGUCCUCUAGCCGAACAUAUUCUUCCGUUCAACCUUCAACACCAACUCAAAGACCUUUCGCCAUCCACGACCUGUUGGCUCUUCAGCCUCAACAGCAUUUUGCAGAUUAUCAGCAUUAUCAAAAUGCUGGCGGAAUGCCGACGCCCGAAGAUAUGGCGGCUUCGCCUUAUGCUGCUUGGAGAGCGGCAAACUUAGUAUCGGCUUUUCCUCCGACUUCCGAUCAUUUUGUUCCGAAGCCGUCUAGUAAUUGCUAUAUGACUGCAAAUGAUCAUGUAGCCCGACAAAAUACUCCUCACUCUGGACUCAGUACGCUACAUAGUUGCAGUGAAAGCCUAAGAAACGAUUCUGAGACCAGUAUGAAUGGCACGAAGAGCAAGAAAAAGAAAAGACGACAUAGGACAAUUUUUACGUCGUAUCAACUUGAAGAAUUGGAAAAGGCAUUUCAGGAUGCACACUACCCAGACGUUAACGCAAGAGAGGUUUUGUCUCUAAGAACAAAUUUGCCAGAGGAUAGAAUUCAGGUAUGGUUUCAAAACAGAAGAGCAAAGUGGAGAAAAACUGAAAAAAAAUGGGGUAAAAGUUCUAUAAUGGCUGAAUAUGGAUUGUACGGUGCCAUGGUUCGACACUCUCUCCCCCUUCCGGAGUCUAUUCUAAAACAUAACCAAGGAGACGAAUCUUCUGCUCCAUGGCUUUUAGGAAUGCAUAAAAAAUCUCAAGAAGCAGCAGAGAAACUAAAGGAUGAUAAUUCACCCAGCUCAGCUCUUGAAAAGAGUGCUGAUAAGCGUGAUAGGCACGAUCAAACAUCUGAGGGUUCACCACCGAAAGUACGAUCGAAAGCUGGUUUUCCAUCACCGAAUAAUCAAUCCUUACAAGCCAUGUUUUUACAGCAUAGGCCACCACAUCAAUCUCUCAUGUUUGCUCAAUAGUUUUUUUGUUUUUUUCAACGUGCCUGUCAAAAUGUUGUGCUUUGGAAAGAAUGUAUGCAUUUAAGAUAAAUAUUUAUGUCUGUAUUACUGUUAAAAAGUGGUUUUUGUCACUCUUUCUCUGUGUCUCUAUCUCCUUAUCUUCUUAAAAUAUUAUAUACUUUUCCUUUCUUGUAAAUUGACUUGUAGUAUUUUUCAACCAAAU